UGCAACGGCAGCAACUGACCCAGUAUUGGCUCAAACAUGUUUGGGAAAAUUAUUUCUGUGAGUUUGUGUCUUGCACUAUGUGUGGUCAGUGGAACUUGUAAAGAUUUCGAUUUCCAAACCAACGGUUUAUUUUUUGAAGUGGACUUUCGUGAAGGCCUUUACGGCAUGCUUGGAUACAGCCGUGCCGAUAAUAUGACAGCCGGGAUCAUCGCAAAUAUCGAAGAUGUGAAAAUCCUGGAUUUGAAGGACAAUUCGAUUCAAGAAAUUCAACCAGGAGCUUUCCAAAAUCUACCAAAACUCAAAAUUAUCCUACUCAAAUACAACGACCUAACAAAAAUUAGAGCAGGAACUUUUAGCACAGUCCCAAGUGUAACAUAUCUAGAUUUGGGCGAUAAUAACAUCUCGUACGUUGAUCCUCAUGCGUUUGAUAAUUUGACUCGUUUGUACUCGCUUGGUUUGGACAACAAUCAUUUGGGCGAAAUAGAUUCACACUGGUUUGAGGACAAACCUGAUCUUACAAACAUCUACGUUACGGGUAAUUUGAUUAAAAAAAUUUCGGCCGAUCAGUUUGCAAGUUUAAAAGGACGAAAAUCGGUGUCUCUUUAUUUGGGUGAUAAUCCUGUUGAGACAAUCGAAGACGAUGCGUUCAAAGGAUUUGAAGAUUUAACAGUCUUAUCCUUGGAAAAUAUAACUCUCACAAACUUCACCGGAAAAUUCCUCAAAGACCUUAAAAUAAAAACGCUGGAACUCAACCGAAAUAAAAUCAAAUGUGUCGCGGAGGAGGACUUUGAGAAUGUCUUCGUAGCCAAAACGACUGAAAUUAUGGACAAUCCGCUUGAUCCUGAUUGUUUGAACAAAAUCCAACUGUGGGUCCAAAAACACAACAAAACUGUUGUCACAGAGUGUUGUCGGAGGUUAUCCAAAACUGCACAUUCACAAUAAAUAAGUUCAGGGCUAUUUGCAGCUAGCUUGUUCGACGCUUCUGAAACAUUCUAAGAAUUUCUGAAGCUUGUCUACCGGAAUUGCCGCAAAGGUGUAGCCUUUCACUAUUAAUUCUGUUUGAAAUUUAUUAACACUGUAGCGCUUUAAACAAAUAAAAAGUACAAAUUGUUGAUUUUUGUUCAUCUUUUGUGCAGGGCCGCGCCAACUCGGGCGGCAAGUCAGAGAAGCGGCAUAAAAAUUUUCUUAAAAUUCCAUUUUUUUUAUUUGUAUUUUUGAUUCGAAAACAUUCGAAAAUGUUGAAUUUUUUUGACCUAAUUUACUGAUUUGUAUUUAUAAAAAAACGAGUUAUUAAUUAAAAAUGCGUGUGUUUAAGCGCACAAAAAAACAUACUAAAUUUUUAAUCUGUUUCAACAAAAUUUUUGAUAUUUUUGAGGAUAUUUUGUAAAAUAAUCUGAAUUAUUGCAUUAAAUAUAAAAUAAAUAUAAAUACCGCGUGCUCAAAAACUGGCGCAUCAACUCAGUGGUGUGUGGUAGAGAACUGGUUACAUAUAAAGGUAAAAAUUGUAAAAAAUCGAAUUUUCUUGACCGAAUUACGAAAAUUGGCACUUUUCCACACUUAAAUUAACUAAUAUUUAUAUUGAAUAUUUGAAAUUUCUUAACGAAUUUCCAAAAACUAGUAUCCAACUUAUCAGGACUGUUAAUGACGUGUUUUUUUAUCUCGGUUGUGUCUCACGUUUAAAAUGAAAAAAAAGUACACUAUUUUGUUCACCUCUAGGUUUAUAUUUAUCGAAAUUCUUCAAAAUAGUCGCAUUUCUCGUUAAACAAAGGUUAAAAAAGCAAAAAUAUUUAAAAGUUAAACUCAUAGUUUAGUAGCUUUUCGUUCGUGUUUUAACAAAAUCUCACUUAAGCGGUCUAAGAAAGAAUAAAAUAAAAAAAAUAAAAAAUAUUGUUUUAGUAUCAGAGGAGAAUAUUUUUGCUCACAAAAUUAAGAUUUUAAAAUAUAUAAAAGCUUUGGAAACAUUGUUCAAUUUAGGAAAGUAAUUCUGUAAUGCCGUAUUGUUACGAAAUAUGACCGUUUCCAAAGCUUUUAUAAAUUUUAAAGUCCUAAUUUGUAAGCAAAAAUAUUCUCCUCUCAUAGAAAAAAUUUUUACAUUUUAUUGCAUCUUUUAAAUAAAGAUUUUUUUGUAAGAAAAACAUUUUUUUUAAUUAUAUUUAUUGCUUUUUAGUCUUUACUUAUUCUGAACGUCUUUUUCUCUGAGAUUUAGUUUCGUCGUAACCCCAUCACUUUGCUGAUUUUUGCAAACUUGUUUAUUGGUAUGUGAUAGAAAACAUGUUAGCAUAGAAAGCACAUCCUAACCUCUGUUUUGUGUCUAUGCUAUAUCGUCCAAAAUAAACAAAUUUAAAAAAAUAGCGACAUUGUUUGUAACGAAACGUAAUAACAAUGAUAAGGUAUUAAUACAUUUUCCAAUGACCAACAUACCGUUAAUGUUGGUAUAAGUUACGGUAUGUACACAUCGAAAACCCAUUUGUAAAAAUAAACAAAAACUUCAAAAUUUCAUUUGCCCCUUUAGGGGGUAUUUAACUACACAGGAUUGCAUUGUCGCGCAGAUUAAGUAAGUAUACAAAAUUUCAAAUCAUUGGAACAAUUAAAACCCUUUCAAAUUUGGCUCCGAAAAUAUGAAAACAGACAGACAGGCAACAGUGUGAGUUAAAUAAAAGCUUUAAAGCUUUUCAUAUUUUCGGAUCCAAAUUUGAAAGGGUUUUAGUUGUCCCAAUGAUUUGAAAUGGUGUUUUUACACCAUUCCCGACAUAACUCUGUGAUUUUUCGGCGUAUUUUAACUAAAUUUGGGAAAACAAUUGCGUUUCUAAUUAUUUCUGGCUGAACUACACAUGCUAAAACAUUUGAAAAUAAGGAAAAAUGAUAUAAUUUUUAGCUAAUUUAGUGACUUUCCGUUCUGUUUUAACAAUGUUUCUAAAAAAAUAGUUUUGAAGGCAAAAAAAGCGCAAAUAACACCAUUUUUGACCCAACUCAAGUGCGAAUCAAAGUGCAAAAAAACUGUAGUACAGUUGGCGCGGCCCUGUUCUUAAGUCACGCAAUAUUUAUAACACUUCCUGAGAAUUGUAAAUUAACUGGUAGAAAAGGUUAUCAUUUCUUGAACCUAAAUUACUGGUAACGUAAUUAUCACAAUCCUAGUAUAAAAACUGGACGAAACGAAACGUAAAGCACAGUGUUACAAUGUUAGUAAAACCGGCGUUAUUUUGUGCCUUGAUGGCUUUAGUGGCCAGCAAAUCGAGUCCAGGUGUUACGUUCAAAAAUGUCCUUGUUAGUGGUUA